AUGGACAGGAGGCGUGGGAGCCUAGUUCCCAGUAUUCACGUCAGUUAAAAAAAAUCGAAAAUUAAUUGAGAGAUUGUUUAGAAAGCAGUCGAAGACAAUUUGAAAGCUAACCACGUUACAAUUGAAGCUAAAGACAAUUCAAGAAAGAAAAGGAGACGUAAAGUGCGCAGUAAUAGCGGUGAGUUCGAAUAAUUCUGGAAUUGAUAAAACAAAGUUUGGCUUGAAAUCAGAAUUCAAGAUAAACAACUGAAAGACACGCGUGUUUGUCAUUAAAAAAAAACUUUCGAGUAAUUUUUGUAGUUAAGUUUAAAAAUAAUUAAAAUAAUCAUUUUUUAUUGAUCGGAUAAACUUUCAGUAGAUGCCAGCGCCCCUCUUGCUUCGGCUCCUCGCCAUGUUCAUGGGUUCGACUGGAAGGACAUGCUUCAUUUAGCGGAUAUCGGUCCUAGAAAGGUUUUCGACCUAACAGCUGAUGAUUUUAUUUUUCAAACAAAAUAUUAGACUUCCUCUAGAUGUCAAACAGUCUAUCUUCAUGCGAAACUUUUUUUUUCCAUUUUUUGAGUUUUUUCCUUGUGAUAGAAUUCUACUCUCUCUGAACACUAUAUAUUUAUGUUAAGAGAGGAAAUUCUGCCUCCAGUCAUUCCGGCCACGCCACCAGAGCUUCCUCUUUGGUUUGAUCGUAUUUGAGAAUCUAUUAAUUGCAAAAAGUUCAGAAAGGCUCAAACUGGAUUGAGGCGCGUUUGAAAAUCAGACAAUGUUGUCAAUUUGUUCCGCAAAAGUUCGGAUCCGACCGGUUAGUCUAAUUAUUUUUAGAGCAAUUUCUGAGUGAAGCCACAUUUUUUUUUAUUAAAUUCGUCUAUUAGCAUAUUCUAGUUGUGGCUGCGGAAAAUCGAAGACUCAGCACCACGAAGAAAUUUCCAAUCAACCGAUCGCGACAAGAUUGCAUUUGACGUUGCCAGGAAUUCAAGAAGUCGUCUCAACAGACAAUGACAGCGAUACGCAGGUCGGAUUUCGCUGCGCAUCGACUCAAAAAACGAGUGAUUUUCUCAGAAUUCGGGUCCAGGACGGUGGAGCAUCAAAGAUCACACAGAGCUACACCCGACCGACACCUAUGGAACAAUUAUUUUUGAAGGUUUUAAUUUAGAAAAACGAAUUUAUGAGAAAAAAAAACUCUUUCCCACCGAUAAGUUAGUUUCGUGUAGGAUUCGGUCAUCCUGAGCUUCUAAAAAUGCUUUUUCAUUCUUAUACCGCUUAGUUGUUCUCUUGUUGAAAGUUCAAUUUUUUCGUUAAUUGAUAGAGUUCUUAUUUCGAAAUUAAGGGACAACUCACCACGUACAAUUUGCAAGAAUGACCUUCGACACGGAUCCGAAAGACAUUGCCCAUUUGCUCUUCAAAGUUUGGAAAUUGAGACCACCCAAGUUGAUAAUAACUAUCCAUGGCGGUCUUACAAAAUUUGAGUAAGUUCAGUUGAAGUUAUCGAUUUUCCGGUAACGUCAUUGAUAGCUUCCUUAUCGGGAAAUUAUGCGGUGUCUUGUCUAUGUUCGUAAAGAUUAUGAAGAAUAGGAUAGAUUUGAAAAAUUGAUAGAGAGAGUCUUCGGAGAAAAUAAUUCUCCAUUUAAUUUAAUUGCAAUUUUUUAUUUAAAAAAUGCUGCUCAAAGAGAAUAUAACUGUAAAAACCCAUUUUCAAUCAUUUUACGUGGCGAAGCUCCCAACUUUUUUAAAGUCUUUUUCUACCGGGAGUAGCAAUCUAACCACUAGUCUCGCCUAUAUACGACUAGAAUGAUGAUUCAGCUUGCAACCAAAAUUGGCUCGAACAUUUCGCAAAGGGAUCAUGAAAAUCGCCAAGUCGACAGACGCCUGGAUUCUGACGUCAGGCCUCGAUGAAGGCGUCGUCAAGCACGUCGCGACAGCCUUGGAAGGUCAAAUCGAUUUUCCAAUCCUGUCUUCAAAAGGCCUUUGGUUUCAGAUCACGGCUCGCACCAUACGAAAAACCACGUGGUGGCGAUGGGAAUCGCCUCUUGGGGAAUGCUCAAAAAGCGCGGCCGAUUUGUGGGCAAGGUCUCCGCUUAUCACAGAGACAAAUUAAAACCAAAAGAGCAGCGAAAUUUACUGACUUAUCAGUUGUCCAGUGAAUCCGGGUCGAGAAAGGUUGUGGAGCUAGGAAAAAGAUAAAAAUAGAAAAAGAAAAAGAAGAAGAAGUUCAAAGACCAACUGGUCUAAUGGGAAAAGAAAAAUAUAUUUCAUAAAUGCUAUUUUUUCCAGGGUCAUACAGUAACCUAUGCUCCCAAUAUGUACAAUAACACGCGUCUGAAGGAACUCAACGAUCGACAUUCCUACUUUUUGUUCGCAGAUAAUGGAACUGUCAACAGGUACAAUAUCACGAUAAUCGCGUCAUCGGCUUUGAAAAAAAAAAGUUUUGAACGUACGUCAUAAAUUUUAUACCUAUCUUUAGCUGAAAUAGAAUGCCUCAAAAAAAUUUUUCUUCAAAUAUAAAACUUUCUCGAAAAAAAAUCAGUUUCAGUAGAAAAAAAAUAGAUAAAAUAUUUAGUUUUUUUGGUCCCUUGGGAUCAAAAUACUGGAAAGGAUGUAAUUCACUUCAAUCCAACGUCACUGUUUUUGUUCAUAAUAAUCGUAAGUAUAUAAAUAAUGGUAAUCACCCACGUUUUGACGUCGUUUUGAAAAAAUGGAAUCAGUACAGUGGGAAAAAUCUUGACCUGAAUAAAAAAUACUGCAUGGCCCAAAGAUCAAAAAAUUUUGAAAAUUUUGAAAAUUUCUUUUUAAAGGUAACUAAGUAUAACAUUGGGAAAUGAAUUACAAAAAUGAACCUUGAAUUCCUAGAUACGGCGCAGAGAUUAUCAUGAGGAAGCGUCUGGAGACGUACUUGGCCCAAGGAGACAAGAAAAGAAGCGCGAUUCCGUUGAUCUGCGUGGUUCUGGAGGGCGGGGCCUUCACCAUCAAAAUGGUCCACGACUACGUCAUCACGUGAGGAUUACUGUAGGAGGCGUUACGAUAGGAGCUAAGGAUUCCUCGGAUUCCCGUUAUCGUUUGUGACGGCAGUGGCCGAGCCGCUGACAUCUUGGCUUUCGCUCAUCAGACCGUCGCCGAGGAUGGGUAAAUCUAGAGUUUUCUCAUGCCGUGUUCAAAGUGAUUCCGCGAAAUUCAAAAUAGCCGUCAGAGAAAGAGAAAGAUAACUAAAUUUUGGAGGGUCAGAGACCAUUUUGCAUUUCGCGGAAAUUACUUUGAACACGGCAUCAAAAACAAAUGUUUAAAAAUAGUGUGGUGUAUCCAAAAGGAGGCGUUUUUGGUCAGUUACCGAUUGGGAAUAAUGUGGCCUUGAGAAUGCAUUGGAAAGGAAUUAAGUUUGAAAUUUAUUUAUUCGAGAAAAAAGAAGUUGAGAUACCAUAGUCUAUGGUAUCUCAACUUUGGUCCAUAGAACAUCUCCAAAUAUUUCAUCUCUCAAACAAACCUCUGAUUUCUUGAAUCUACUUCAAAAAAAAGUCGAGAUACGGAAUCGAAGUUUUUUUUUUUCAACCCUGCCCUAACAUAAACAACGAAUGAACUAGGUGAAAAUUGUGAAAAUAUAAACGCUGAAGUACGACAGACUGAAAAUCACAGAUCUUCGAAAAAAUAAUUCCAGGUACCUGUCCGAAUCCGUGCGCGGCCAAAUGACGAGCAUCGUGAAGAAGAUUUUCGGCUACGACGUGAAAAUGUCCCAGAAGUUGAUCAAGCAGAUCAUCGAGUGCACGAGGCAGAAGCAUCUCGUACGGAAAGACGCACGUCUUCUGAAGUUUGCUCGCUUCAGAUGACCAUCUUCCGGCUCGGCGAGUCUCAGCGCGAAGACCUCGACCACGCCAUCAUGAGUUGUCUUCUGAAGGGUCAGAACUUGUCGCCGCCUGAACAACUACAGCUCGCCUUGGCCUGGAAUCGUGCUGAUAUUGCUCGCUCUGAGAUUUUCGCCAAUGGGACGGUAAUCUUUGAAUGAUCAAUCUCCAAUCGGUGUGACUAGUGGAAUAUUGAUAUUUUUUCGACAAACGCUUUAAUUCAAAAGAACAAUGUUUAUCGAUGAAAGAAUUUGGGAGAAUUACAGUUCCAGAAGCUCACUCUUCACUUUUGUUUGCAGGAAUGGACCACCCAAGAUCUUCAUAACGCCAUGAUCGAAGCUCUUUGCAAUGAUCGCAUCGAUUUCGUCCAGCUUUUGCUGGAAAACGGCGUCUCCAUGCAAAAGUUUCUGACCUAUGGACGUUUGGAGCACCUUUACAAUACCGUAAAUCUAUGAAAAGUAUACUUUGAGUUACCUUGACUAAAAAUCCAGGACAAAGGGCCUCAAAACACUCUUCGGUCCAACCUUUUUGUCGAUUCCAAGCAUCACAUUCGAUUGAUGGAGGUUUACCUGAUUGAUUGAUUUUUAUAUCGAAUUUUCGAUGAUUCAGGUGGGACGGCUGAUCGAGGACUUGAUGGGAAACUUGUACAAGUCCAACUAUACCAAGGACGAAUUCAAGAAUCAAUAUUAUUUGUUCAACAAUCGGCGACAUGUUAGUUAUUGGCCUGAACUUCGAAAAAAAAUUUUUAAUAGCAAACUUCAAUAUUCUUUUCUAGUAUGGCUAUCUCAAUUCUAAGAUUCGUUCCUGCAACUGAUCGUAGGACUUUUUUUUUGAAAUCGUACAUUUAGUGUCAACCAACUCCUAACAAAACUGCCAAAAACUUCGAAAUCAGAAAAUUUUUCAGUUUGGAAAACGAGACAAAGACGACGAAAGCGACUUGCGAGGCGAGGUUUUCGGUCAGAGCAACGGUCCUGGUAGGGAUCGGAUGAAUUCGAUGCAAAUCAACUUGCUCAACAGCGCUCGCCAUUCGAUCAUCUCCAUAUUCGGAGGGAAACAGUCCAGGAAUUCUGAUGAUGAAGGUUUCAGAUUUGAUUUGAAUUUCUUCCUCUUUCGAUUUUUUAUAUUUCAAAAAGCUCUAUAUAGCUCAUUUGCAACGACUUGAAAGGGUCUAAUCUGUCUGCGUCUUUUUUCCCUCGCUGAAACGGCCAUAUAAACAUUGAAAUAGCACAUAAACAGGAGAGCUUUUCCAGACGAUGAUGGCUUCUCUAACAUUGAAGAGGAGAACAACGUCGACUUCACCUUCCGAUUUCCUUAUUCGGAGUUGAUGAUUUGGGCCGUGCUGACGAAACGUCACUCGAUGGCGAUGCUCAUGUGGAAGCACGGCGAGGAAGCCAUGGCAAAAGUCUUUUUCGAAAGAUCUUUGAAUCGAAGAACGAAAACUGCAGGCGUUGGUGGCCAGUCGCCUCUGUAUGUCUCUGGCAAGUUCGGCGAGUCUGACCACGGGCGAAAUCGGCAUGAGUCAGGAGUUUUCCGAUUAUAGCGGGUGAGUUUGAUAAACUGGAGUGGCUGAAGUAAACUGUCCCAUUUGAUUAACUCGAUUCACUUGUAAUUAAGGAAAUUGUUUUUCUAAGCGAAGUUUUUUUUUUUGAAAUUUUUGAAUGGGCUUGUUAAACGUGUCUUCCUCAGCUUUUAUGAGUCCUUCACAGACCUGAAUAAAAUCACUGGGCUUAGAUUUUCUUUACGCUUCUAAUGGUAGUAAUAUCACUCUAUGCAUCGGAUUAUGAGGAUAAUCUUUUUUCAAAGUUAUUAUCUUGAAUUUCUGAGCUUGAGGAAAAAACUGUGGCAGUCUCUGAGAUGUAGUGUGAUUACUCUGUUUGGUUCAAACACACAAUAUUUAUAAAUCAUUUGAUGUAUUUUUGUUUUCAAUUUGUUUUCUUUUUUUUAUAUGAAAUUUUUUCGGGAGUGCGGUUUGACUUUCCAGUUUUUCCUUUGAAAAAAGUGCAACUAGUCCAGAAAUGAACUUGCACUCUUCCGAUUUCCAGUGAAUUCGCCGACCUUGCCGUCGAAGUUCUGGAGUACUGUACGAAGCACAGCCGCGACACGACUUUGCAGCUUCUGACCUGCGAAUUGAGCAAUUGGGGCGGUGAAACUUGCCUGUCCUUAGCCGCCACUAGCGAACAUCGUCCUUUCUUGGCUCAUCCUUGGUGGAAAUUUCAGCCAAUAGGAAAUGAAGAAAAAUGAAAUUCUAGCUGCCAAAUGCUGCUGUCCGACCUCUGGCAAGGCGGCUUGCUCAUGAAGACCAACCAGAACGCCCAGGUCCUUGGCUGUCUGCUGGUCCCGCCUCUCAUCUUCAUGCUAGGCUUCAAAACGAAAGAGCAACUCAUGCUCCAACCUCAAACGGCCCUGGAACACGACGAGGACUGGGAAUCCGACGCUUCUUCUGUCGACGGACUCUCCGACAGCAGCGACUCGAGUUCAGAUGAGGACGAGGAGAAGGAGGAGAAGAAGAGGACUGUCAGUCUCAGCGAGCAGCCGCUGAGUAUUCAGAAGGUCAGCUUUUUUUUAAAUCCCUCCAACUAGAAGUUUGAAUGAAUGUGAGAGCUUUUUUUUUGUUUUUGAAGCUUAAUUAAAAUUCAUUAUCUUGCUUCAACUUUUUAAAAACUCUUUUGGGGAAAUUUUUCAAAAAAAAGAUCGAAGUUCUGGGCUUGCUAUUUUUUUAUAGAUUUCUAUAGAAAUAAGUAAUUGUGAUUAAAGUUUUUCUGGUUUUUAAACACUUAAAAUUUCCUACUUUUUCAAUUUUCGCUGAGUACUGCAAACUAGUGAACUUUUCAGUUGGUCCGUGACAAGUUCCGAAUUUCGGAGAAGAAGAACAAAGUUAGCGUGCUGAAAGGCAUCGUCGUAGCGCCGACCAUGGUCAAUGGUUCUGACCUCAACUUUGAUCAUUUUGAAUGGGAGUUUUAGGCAGAAAUCGCUCUCGAACAAUGUCCAUCAAAAAGGGCAAAAAAUCGCUGACCAAUUCUGUGGCGCCGGUUCUUGCGGCACCGGCUGCAAGGAUUACGGUAGAUGAAACGGAUGAUGAUGCUGACGCCGCCAGAUGUGAGAAAGAAAGAAUUCAAGACGACUCGGAAGAGAUUCAGAUAUCAACAGGACGUCUAAGAGACCGUCGAUCAUGAACCACAGCGACUUGUAUGCCGACGAGCCGGAGGACCGCGAAGAAUCGGUCCCAACGAGGACGCCGAUGCCUUCAGAAGAGAUGGUCUCAGGACAACCCGGCGUUCAUAUUCUCACGGUUUCUUUUCUUUCAUGAAGUAAUAGAUUUUCGUUCCGCUACCUCUGGCGGUUCUUUCUAAAAAAAAACGCUUCAAAAAAAUUUUUCAGAGAAAAAAAAUUAAAUUUUCGAAGAAAAAGAAGGUACAAUUUUAAAUGGAGGGAAACGUCACAAAUCAAUAAACGUAAAAUUUUGACCUCACCUGACUGCUUAUAUUCCCCCUUCAGAUGUUCAUGUUUAAGAAAGAAAGAGAAAAAGAAUUGUAAAGAAAUUUCGAAGUUAUUGAUUUUGAUUAGUUACAAGCUUUGACGUCAAUUCUUGAGGUCAGGAGUAAUUUUCAGCAACGACCACUAUCAUGGAAAAAGAAACUGUUCGAGUUCUACAAGGCUCCGAUAACUACCUACUGGCUUUGGUUCUUCGCCUUCACCGUCUUCAUUUGCAUGCUCGCCUACAAUCUUCUCAUCAAAACGCAAAAGUUUAUCUUUAACAAAAGUUACAUCUUUCAAACUUUUCCACAAAAUCUCUGGUAAUCAUAGAAAAAAUUAUACCAGAAAGUUUUUGAGAAUACUUUAAAAGAAACAAAAUUUAGGUAUCCAUCCUGGUCAGAAUGGUUCGUGUUCUGUUAUGUCGUCGUCUGGGGGUUGGAAAUGUUGAGAAAGGUUUUCCACAAGUUAUACUGAAGAUAUUGGAAAAUUGAGGUGGUGAGCAUAAUAAUGAUGGACGAAACGAAGCCGAUUCUCAAACAACUGCGCGUAUUUUUCUUCAGUUAUCGAAAUGGAACGUUGUCUUUCGCCUUGGCCACUUUUAUCAUCGCUUUCUUUAUUCGGUUGCACCCCGCGACUAGGUCCUCCUCUAGAAGUGACUCGAAUAACCUUUUUCUAUUUGAGAAUGCUCGGAAGAAUAUUUCUGAUCGUCAACUCGGUGAUGUGGUCUUUGAAGUUGAUCGAUUAUUUGAGCGUCCAGCCCUCUCUCGGUCCUUACAUCCAGAUGACAGCCGAAAUGGUGGGGAUAAUCAUACAAAAAAGUGAAAUGAAAAGAGAAGAAUGAGGCAAAAAGUUUCUUUUCUAAACCUUUUCUUUCAAUAAAACAAAAAAAAUUCGACAUGAUUUUCAACCCCACAUUCAUGAUCAUUUUGAAAAAGUGAACAAACGAUUAAUCUAAUUCAGAUCCCUCAAAUGAUGCCUCUAGUCGUGAUGGUUUUCGUGACACUUUUCGCGUUUGGACUUAUCCGACAAUCGAUAACUUUCCCUUAUGAGGACUGGCACUGGAUAUUACUGAGGUGAAUAAUAGAAAAAAACUCUUUUAUGUAAUAAAUUUCAGAAACAUAUUCCUCCAGCCUUACUUUAUGCUCUACGGAGAGGUCUACGCUGCGCAAAUCGACACUUGCGGCGAUGAAAGUCAGUUUGAUGCUCAUUAUUUGGAAUGAUUCGAAGCACAAAGCUGAGUCUCGGCUGUUAUAGUUUAGAGGGUUCAAAACUUCGAAAAAAUCAAAGAGUGAGAAAAAUAGCACAGACAAGAGCAGAAAUAAUUGACUUUCAAAAAGCAGAAGUAGAAGAUAGAUUAUAGAAAAUAUUUGAAAUUUCAUUUUGAUUACUUUUUAGCUUGAUUGAAUGAAGUUUAAUUUUAGAAUGAGAAAAUAUCGCUGAUAAAAGGAAGAUACAAAGAAACUGCUUUUUUGCUUUCACUUCGACAAAAUUCAAAUUAUUUCGAUGGUGAUAAAUUACAGUCUGGGACACUCACGAAGAUCAGAACAUUCCGAUCAACCAGCUCAACGUGACUCGUGAGUAGUUGUUGGCCAAGACGCCAUGAUAUUGGAGAUGAUCAGAUGAAACCUGCGUGCCUGGCUACUUCAUCGCUCCGAUCUUCCUCACGUUGUUCAUGUUGGCGACAAACGUCCUUCUGAUGAACGUGAUGGUCGCCUGUUGCACCUACGUGUUCGAGAAAAGAAUCAUGAUGACCAGGGAGAUGUUCCUUUUCGACAGAUAUCAACAGGUAUAUCAAAAAUGAAUAUUUACAAAAAAAAAAUUAAAAUUAAAAUUAGGAUGAAAAGAAUGUGAAAAACAGCAAUACCAAUUCUGAAUGAAAAAUUUUGGUAGUUUUUCAUUCAUAUUUUGGUCUCCUGAGGAAAAUCACGGUUUGAAAAAGAAAUUGGCUUGACAAAAUGUUUUGCGACAAAAAUAGAAAAAAGAAGGGUAAAAUCAAAAAAUCGAAAGGUUCAAGGUAAUGGAGUACGAGUCGACGCCGUGGAUUCCUCCGCCAUUCACCAUAAUUUAUCAUAUUCUCUGGGUGAUUCGCUGGAUCCGCGUCCGCAAUCGCAUGUUCCAGAGACGAAAUCUCUUCGACGCCUCUCUGAGUAUUUCUAUCUUUUGAACUGGAAAUAGAUGAACAAUUCAGAGCUUUUCCUAUCACCCGAAGAAAUGGAGAGGGUACACGCGUUUGAGGAGGAAAGUGUGGAAGAUAUGAAGCGAGAGAAGGAGAAGCUCAACCAGAGCAGCAAUGAAGAGCGGAUACACCGGACUGCGGAGAGGACCGACGUUAUUCUGCACAGGUUAGAGGAUAUUUCCUUAAAGUUAAAGACAGAUCACCGUUUGGGUUCGAAACACAGCUGAGAUCGUUUCAUUUUUGAACAGGUUGAUGGCAAAUCAAAAUCGGAGUAGGAAAAUGUCCAUUCAGAUUUGAUUUUUCAUUGCUAACUGAACCAACGUCGUGAAUAUUGCAGAGUGAACAACUUGACGACGAUGGAAAUAUCAACAAGGGACGAGCUGCGGGAACUUGAAUCCAAAAUGAAAACAAUUGAAGCUAAACAUGUGCGUUUCCGGAAUUCCAUCACCCGAUCCCUGUUUCAAUGUUCAGAAAGAAGAAAUGACGAUGCUUCUUGAAAUGAACCGGAAGCUGACACUUCUGCUAGGUGGAGGAAAGAGAGGAAGUCUUGGAGGUGGUGGAAGUGAAGAUCUUUCGCCCAAACCGUCGACAGCUAUGAUGGCACCUCUGGUAGAUUAUUUUUCCAAGGUUCUUGAGUGAAGAGAAAGUCUUCAGAUCACUUUCGAGACCGCCACGCCUUCCAGUUCUUUGCCCAACUCCAGAAGGACAUCGGUACAGUCUUACAAGAAACGAGACUCACUCCAGAAACGGCGGUCCUCGUCGACGACGUCGGACAAGGUCGUGGCUGGAAUCCGAGUUCCUGUCAUCCAUCUCGACCUCAUCGAACCUGAGAGUCCGCGUGAGUUUUAGGAGAUUGCUUGACUUGUAAAUUCAAGAAAAGUUAGCUAGAACGAAUUCGAAGUUAUUGGAAAAGUAUUGUUGUGCUAACUUCGAAGCUCGUGAUCAUGUAAGCUUUUUUAAUCUAUAGCUGACUUUCCAUUCAACCAUAGGCCUGAGGGCAUCGGAAAACGUUAGAACCUUCUGCUGACUUUUAGGUCAAUUGUAAAAAAACAGCAUUUUUAGUUGAUCUGUUUCUUUUUGCCUGUGCGACCACUGCCCCUCAAGAAUUGGCUGAGUAGGCUUUUUGAUUAUGAUGCUUUCUUAUUUUUAGUACCAUUCAGGCAAGUGAGCUUUUUGCAAAAUGUCCCUUAUUAUGUUUGACACCAAAUUUCGAAAAUCCGAAAGUUUCAGACAUCGUUGUCACGGAAAGUGAGCGAGAAAUGGACAGUGAUGGCGAGUUUUUGGAUAAUGAAAGUCGUGCUGGUGUUUCUCCACUGCCGUGAGUGUCUGAAUUAAUGAAAGAGAAAAGCUUAGAGUCAGCAAACUUCUUAGUUGACCUAUUUGGAUAGAAAAAUUAUUUAGUAUCUUUCAACUUUUUUUUUUGAAACCAUUGUAUUUCAAGGAAAUUUUUUCUGCUCUUUUUAACGGUUAUGAAGUGAAUUGAAAACAGAUAAUCUCAAUUAUUCCUCACAUUGAAACAUCGCACAAAUGAUUUAAUUUGAGACCUCCGAUGAACCGCCGCCACGCGCUCUACACGACGAUAGCUGAUCAUAUCGACUCGGGAAGCGAUUUUUACGCGGUUUGUUCUGAUUUCGAACAUGGAUCAGCACUUUUUCUCAGGAUGCCCCGUCUCCUGUCAUUUCGACUCCGCUUCCUUUCGAAAAUGAGCCGUCUUUUGAAGAAAGCGUUCGUUUUUAUCGAUUCAAUGAUUCCAAGAAAGCUAUUGUAGUCUGGAGUGAAACUUGGUUCUUAAGAAAAAAAACUUUUAUUCUAUUUUCAAAGACGAAACCUUUUAACAUAGUUUUUCCCAAAACUAUCCUCGAGCUUAAAAAAAAUUUCAAUUUAUUUUACAUUUUUGAAAAAGUAUUUUCUUCAGGAUAAUCAAGCUCCAGAAAACGAAGAAGACGACGACUCGGGGGACGAGUGA